AUGGAGUUUUUAACACUACUAGUGUUGCUCACACCUUUUAUUAUUAUUGUUGAUGGUCAAUAUUUUGUAUACUAUUCUGAUGAUCGAUAUGGAUUUAAUGCAACAUUUGAUUGUUUAUAUGCCUAUUCAGGAGAUACAACUCAACUAAGUACUGACGAUUACAGUUUAAUUCCUUAUUGUCGACGACUUGAUGAAACUGACGAGGAAGAAAAUUUCUCUAUCAUAUUGUAUGGAAAUAUUUUAAAUAAUAUGACGUUUGCUGAAUUGUAUCGACAAGGUGUAACAAGUAUGGAAUUACUCAAAUGGUCAGUACCAAUUGAUAUGGUCGAACGAUAUGAAAAAAAUGGUGAAAAUUCGACUGAAAUAUUUUACAAUUGUUCUUUACCAUGGUUUGGUUCAACAUGUCAGUAUAGAUUUGCGUCUGCUAUAUUACCUUCAUUUAAUGAAGUUCUUCAAUUCCAGUAUAGUACUAAUGGUAUAUCUCAGACAGACGUCUAUGCGAAUACAUGUUAUCCGUUUUUACCUGACUGUUACCGUGGUCCAUCACCGAUGUGUCUUGAUUGGCAUGAAAUUUGUGAUGGAUAUUUUGAUUGUUUCAAUGGAGAAGAUGAGCAAUCAUGUGACAUAUUAGAAGUAAAUGAAUGUUUUGAAGAUGAAUUUCGUUGUCACUUCGGUGGUCAAUGUAUUUCGUCCGCAUUUCUUCGUGAUGGAAAAGCAAGUACUGAUUGUCUUGAUGGUUCAGACGAAAUCUAUCCGGCAAAGUACUCCAGAUACGUAACUGACUAUCUAUGUACACAUGUAUCAACAUUUCAAUGCGAAGAACUCCGUGAUCGGCGUUCACUUGUAUUAUUUCCAUGUAAAGAUUUCAUAAAUAAUCCCUCGUUUUGGACAGAAACUACGAGAAACAAUUAUGGCGAUUGCGCUAAUAAUCGAUAUUAUUAUAUGUUUUAUAAUGUUCUCCCUUCGUUGGAUCACAUCUCAAAUAUACCCUGCAAACAAGCACUCUACUGCUCACUUAAAUUCUAUACUAUUCUUGACUUUAAAUACAAUGACACAAGUAAUAUUCGUUGCGAGUUUCUCGGUAAUCAUUGUCAAUCGGAAUGGCUUGUAUUACCUAAAUCUCCAUUUAUUUAUGGUUUUUUUCAAUUUCUUUAUUUAACAAAUCGAUCAGUCGAUGAAUUUAAGGUUAAUAUUGCGCCUGAUUUCAUCUGUUUUAAUGCAAGUCGUUGUCCUGGAUUAGUAUAUUGUUCAAUAGAUAUUGGUAUUCAUAACGGACUCACAUGUUGUAAAAUGAAUAACCUAAUACAUAGAACAUUAAUGGUUUGGUUUCAGUUAGACGAGAUUUUGUUCGAUCUAGGUCAACGUUGUUUAAUAAUUGGUACAGAUCAAGUAUGUUCACAUUCAUCCUUAUUUCAUUGUUCACGUUCAUUAAAAUGCAUUUCAAAACAUCGAUUAGUUGAUGGCUAUAGUGAUUGUUAUUACAAAGAAGAUGAGUUAUUUCCUGCUUGUCAAUUAAAUGAUUCGAAACGCUUUAUAUGUACAUCCAAUCCGGAAAAAUGUUUAUCGAUAGUUGCUAUUGAAAAUGGAAUAAAGGAUUGUGAACACGGAGAUGAUGAAUGGUCAGCAAAUCGACGAGAUAUUCGAAGUAAUACUGUACCUUUCGCAAUAUUUUGCGAUGGAGAAACUGAUUUAUUGUUAAUGGAUACACUCAAUCAUACAGACGAGACUAGUUGUGAAUGGUGGCCAUGUAAUAAUCCAUACUUUCGAUGUGAUAACGCUUGGCAUUGUUUCAAUGGUGCUGAUGAACUGAAUUGUUCUGAUGCAAAAUGUCCAUCAAACGAACACUUAUGUGAGUACGAUACCUCUCACAAGCCUUUCUGUGUGCCAUAUCUCCAUUUGAUGGAGAAACGUUUAAGAUCUGAAACAGAAAAUUAUCGUCUCGUCUAUUUUGCUAAUCAAACCUAUACUAAUUUAAAAGAUCUUUUUUUUGGAACGAAACAAAAUGUAUUACUUCACAACAUCUGA